GAUAACAGUUUCAGUUUCCACACCCAGUUUCUAUCGCUUACCAUGGCCUUCCGUUACGUAAUCCUCGCCCUGUGCGCCCUGCUGGCCUCUGCACAAGCUGGUCUGCUGGCCAGCCAUGUGGCUGUGGCUAAUCCUGCCGUGGAUGCUGUGGCCUCCACGCAGCACAAUGUGGUGCGCUCCUUCGGCGGCACCGUCUCCAGCUACUCCAAGGCUGUGGAUACGCCCUACUCCAGCGUGCGCAAGUCGGACACUCGCAUCCAGAACAAUGUCUACACGCCGGCUAUUGCCAAGACAACCUAUGCGGCGCCACUGUACACUCAGGCCACGCCGAUUGUGCAGAAGAGCGUGUAUGCUGCUCAAGCUCCCGUCCUGGCCAAGACUGUCUCGUAUGCCGCUCCAGCUCCCGUCCUGGCCAAGACCGUCUCGUAUUCUGCUCCGGCUGUCAGCUAUGCUGCUCCCGUCAAGACCGUCUCGUAUGCUGCUCCGGCUGUCAGCUAUGCUGCUCCCGUCAAGACUGUCUAUGCUGCUCCCGCUCCUGUUGUGACCAAGACCGUGUACGCUGCACCCGCUCCCGUCGUUGCCAAGACCAUCUACUCUGCAGCUCCAGUGUACGCCAAGUCGUAUGCCGCACCCGCUGUUAGCUAUGCUGCUCCACUGGCCACCACCAAUGUGAACCAUGGUCCAUCUGCCACCACCUACAGCCACAAUGCCCCAGCCCUGGGCGUCUCCAGCUACGGCAGCGCCCAGACGGUGCACUAUUCGCCCGCGGAGAGCGUUUCGCACAUGAGCUUCGAUGGCUUCGGCACCCACUGGGGUUUCUAG